AUGAGCGUGAGCGUGAGCGCGCGGACGGUUCGCAGAGAAGAAGCCAAGUCAGGACUCGCUGCCAGACGCGCCGUGCUGCUGUUACUCAGGGUGGACAGCACCUGUGAGGCCGCUCUUGGCGCCUGGGAGCGCUUCGCAGCGAGCCUCGAGAACGACGCCCCCCACGAGCACCGCCGUGCGCUUCCUCCGCCUUCCCUGGGGAGGUAUUUCGGGGGCUCGAUCGAGAUGGCGUACCCACCGCCGCGCCUCGCUGUGGCGCUGGUAGCCCGCUAUUGGGUGUGGGCAUGGACAUGGACGUGUGCGCCGGGUCGCCACGAAGGCACCGGGACAUGA